GUUUCAUUCAUCCUAACUUGUUGCUCGUGACCACUGACAAGACGCGUUUCUCUUCAUCUUUUCAUUUCACAAAAUCAUCAGAUAUCGACUUUACUCUUGCGAGUCUGUCGCUGCCACAGCGACCAACAAGAAUGUCGACCAGCUGGCGCUCGCCAUUUCCUAUCCUUCCUGCACCACAAACUACACCCGUCUCCACAAUUCCCAAGUCGCUGAGACGGCCCAUUCACAACCCGUAUGAUAAAUUCACCAAAUCAGAGUUCGACGAAUGGAUUGAUGGUAUUACGAGUGCUCUGCGCAGAGCACUCGGCGAGGAGACUCAAGAAGAUACUGCCCUUGACGAACACCGGUCACAGGAUGUUGACGCAGCUGCCGAGGAAACAUUCUCGGAUCAGUCGUUCGAAGAUUCGUUUGCUGAUAUCCGGAGCAGACGCGCGAAAGGAAAGGCCAAAGACCCGCGAGAGGGCCCCGGCCUUGGUGCUGAGCAAAAUCCUAUUGGAUUGCUUUCCGACUCUGAGUCAGGUGCUGAAAGUGAGGAAGAAUAUGAAGAAUAUUCUGAUAGGGAAACAGAGGUCGUUGGUACAGAGGGAGAGGGGGAGGGCUAUCACGGUCAUCACCAAGCCGGGAACUGGACCGUAAAUCGCCGCCACUGCCUUGUCGAUCCUCAAGUCGAGAAAAUUGAGGUGGAGGAAAUAUCUUCUAGGGAGGAGAGUCCGGACAUCAUUGAGAUAUGCUCGGACGAGGAAGAUGAUACUCGAGCUCCUGUACACGAAGCUGCAUACAGUGGCAGGCAGCAUGGGUCUUCGCAACUGCCUCCUGAUGAGGUAGAGGACGAGUUAGGCCCCAAUGGUACCGUCCUGUAUGAACAAGAAGGCCAACUCGAUGCAGAAGAAGUCGAAGAUUUCCCUCCGUCUAUUAUGCAGCAUCAACCGUCUCUACCUCUGGAACUGCCUGAUCCAUGGCAAGGUCCACGAACAUACGCAGAAGAUUUCUACACUGGUGGCGAUUUUAAUGCGCAAGAUCAGCUGAACGGCGUUUCUCCUUCUAGUCUUACUCCCGUGCAUGACGCACACGUAGAUACACUUUUUUCCAACAUAAUGCAGGAUGACGGGCCUCCUUCUGGGGUGCCCAAGACAGAACCUGCUGUAGUCAAUGUAGACGUGACCGACGAAGCACUCCCUGAUUCGAGCCCCCCUCCGUCAUCUCCUGUCGAGGCGCGAUCCAGUCGUAGUCAUGUGGAUGAUUACCAGCUCUCGAAUGUGCGAGGGAUCCACGGGGAGCACGAAGAACCCGAUAAUAUCCUUGACCAUUUAUAUCGAGACGCGGACAACCUGUCUCAAGACGAGCAGCAAAUGAUCUUUACCUCGUCAUUUGAUGAAUUUCAUAGCGGAUCAAUGUCUGUCCCCCAGGCCUUACUCCAAAUCUACUGAACAUCUUGACUGGAAUUGGCCUCCCGCAUUCCCGCGGGGAAAGUUUGCUAGCCGCGCUGGACACCUCGAAACUUCUUCUCCAAGAGCGGGGGUUGACGACAUUGAAGAAGCCCAGGAUAAUGUCAUUGAUGUCGAUGCGGAACAUAAUGA